AAGAAGUGUACCCGGAAGUACGAAAGCGGGAGUUUGAAAAAUAUAAACACUCAUUUUUUUCUCUCCUCCGAAAAGCUAAGAUCUUUUAACCGUUGCCAAAAUGUUGAGAAAGGCUCCCAAACUGAAAAACACUAUCAAGAGCAAAGCGACAACUAAUAUAAAUGUUAGACCAGCCUCGGAGGCGAUGAUUGAGCUUAUAACUCUUAUUUUCCUGAACGGACUGGCGGAAGAGGCAAAGGCUAAAGCUUUCGAAGAAAAAUCAGCUACAAUCCGAGGUCACCAUGUGAAAGCAGUGUCCAAGAAAAUGCUGAAAAAGGCCAGAGGAUGAAGAUUGAAUUUAAUAAAAAAAUAUAUAUUUAGUUUUCAUUUUAAAUCUUUACUUCCUAUC